GGCAGCAGAAGGAGCCUCGAGACCGUGGACGGCACCAUGGGGCUGCGGGGGCUGUUCUGCCUGUGCCUGGUGUCCCUCCUCGCCCUGCAGGCCGUGCCUGCUCAGGGGUCACCCACAGGCAGUCCCAAAGGCAUUAAGAAUCGACAGCCUGUGGACACAAGUGUCGACGGCGUGGUCAUCCGGAGUUUGAAAGUCAACUGCAAAGUCACCUCUCGCUUUGCCCACUAUGUCAUCACCAGCCAAGUGGUCAACAGCGCCAAUGAAGCCAAGGAAGUGGCCUUCGAUGUGGAAAUCCCCAGGACAGCCUUCAUUAGUGACUUUGCCAUCACAGCAGAUGAAAACACAUUUGUUGGGGACAUAAAGGACAAAGUGACUGCCUGGAAGCAGUACCGGAAAGCAGCCAUCUCAGGAGAGAACGCCGGCCUCGUCAGGGCCUCGGGGAGAACGAUGGAGCAGUUCGCCAUCCACAUCACUGUCGGUCCCCGGAGCAAGGCCACGUUCCGGCUGACCUACGAGGAGGUGCUGAGGCGACGGUUUAUGCAGUAUGACAUCAUCAUCAAGGUCAAGCCCAAGCAGCUCGUGCAGCAUUUUGAGAUUGACGUAGACAUCUUCGAGCCCCAGGGGAUCAGCAAGCUGGAUGCCCAGGCCUCCUUCCUCAGCAAGGAACAGGCAGCCCAACUGAUCAAGAAGUCCUUCUCAGGGAAAAAGGGUCACGUGCUUUUCCGCCCCACAGUGGGCCAGCAGCAAUCUUGCCCUUCAUGCUCUACGACCUUGCUGAAAGGGGACUUCAAGGUGACCUAUGAUGUCAAUCGGGACAAGCUCUGCGACCUCCUGGUCACCAAUAACCACUUUGCCCACUUCUUUGCCCCGCAAAACCUGACGAAACUGAACAAGAACGUGGUUUUUGUGAUUGACAUCAGCUCCUCCAUGGAAGGCCAGAAAUUGAAGCAGACCAAGGAGGCACUCCUUAAAAUCCUGGGGGACAUGCGGCCAGGGGACUACUUCAACCUGGUCCUCUUUGGGUCUGCAGUGGUGUCAUGGAGGGACUCGCUGGUGCAGGCAACCGCCGCCAAUCUGGACGCGGCUCAGAACUUCGUGCGGCGUUUCUCCCUGGCCGGGUCUACAAACAUGAAUGAUGGUUUGCUCCAGGGAAUUGAGAUCUUGAACAAAGCUCAGGGAAGCCUCCCAGAACUCAGCAACCAUGCCUCCAUUCUCAUCAUGUUGACAGACGGCGAGCCCACAGAGGGGGUGACGGAUCGUUCUCAAAUCCUCAAGAAUGUCCGCAAGGCCAUCCAGGGCAGGUUCCCGCUCUACAACUUGGGCUUCGGCCACAACUUGGACUUGAACUUCCUGGAGGUCAUGUCCCUAGAGAACAACGGACGUGCCCAGAGGAUCUAUGAAGACCAUGAUGCCACCCAGCAGCUGCAGGGUUUCUACGACCAGGUAGCCAACCCCUUGCUGACGGAUGUGGAGUUGCUGUACCCCCAGGAUACCGUCUCAGCCCUGACCCAGCACCACCAUAAACAGUACUAUGAAGGCUCGGAGAUCAUGGUGGCUGGGCGCAUCGCUGACCACAAACUGAGCAGCUUCAAAGGAGAUGUGCGGGCUUACAGGGAGGGCCAAGAAUUCAAGACAACCUGCCUGGUGGAUGAGGAAGAGAUGAAGAAACUGCUCCAAGAGCGGGGCCACAUCCUGGAGAACCAUGUCGAACGCCUAUGGGCCUACCUCACCAUCCAGGAGCUGCUGGACAAGCGGAUGAAGCUGAAGGGGGAGGAGAAGGCCAAUGUGUCAGCCAAGGCCCUGAAGAUGUCAAUGGACUAUCAGUUCGUGACCCCGCUGACCUCAAUGACCAUCAGGGGCAUGGCGGACCAGGACGGCCAUGAGCCCAUCAUUGACAAGCCUCUGGAGGAUUCUCCACCCUUGGAGAUGCUGGGACCCAGAAAGACAUUUGUGUUAGCGGCCUCGCAGCCUUCUCCAACGCGCCCCAGCUCCAACACCCCACAUUUGCCAAACAAAGUGACCUACGUGGACACUGACCCCCACUUCAUCAUCCACGUGCCCCAGAAGAAGGACGCCCUAUGCUUCAAUAUCAACGAGGAGCCUGGAGUGGUCCUCAACCUGGUGCAGGACCCUGACACAGGCUUCUCAGUGAAUGGGCAGCUCAUUGGCAAGGAGGCCCGAAGCCCUGGACAGCAUGAGGCCACGUACUUUGGACGGCUGGGGAUCGCAAACCCCGCAACAGGCUUUCAGCUGGAAGUGACUCCUCAGAACAUUACGCUGAACCCUGGCUCCGGUGGACCCGUGUUCUCCUGGAGGGACCAGGCCUCACUGCGGCAGGACGAGGUGGUGGUGACCAUCAACAGGAAGAGGAACCUGGUGGUGUCUGUGGAGGACAGGGGCACCUUUGAGGUCGUCCUGCACCGGGUAUGGAAGGGGAGUGCUGUCCACCAGGACUUCCUGGGCUUCUACGUGCUGGAUAGUCACAGGAUGUCAGCGCGGACGCAUGGGCUGCUGGGACAAUUCUUCCAUCCCUUUGAUUACCAAGUGUCCGACCUCCAUCCAGGCACUGACCCCACAAAAACAGACGCCACAAUGGUGGUGAAGAACCGCCGGCUAACAGUCACUAGGGGCUUACAAAAAGACUACAGCAAGGACCCCCGGCAUGGGACUGAGGUGACCUGCUGGUUCAUCCACAACAAUGGGGAUGGACUGAUUGACGGCAUUCACACUGACUAUAUUGUCCCUGACAUCUUCUGAGCCCCCGGUCAGCACAUUGGUCUUCCUUUGGGACCAUGGCAGAGGAGGAGGGCAGCAUCAUGACCUGCUACCAAGGCCACACCUCUCUAUCCAAGCUGGUCCCCUAUGUCAAAGCACUCAUGACUUCUAUUAAAGAGAGGCUAUGU